AUGGCGGAACCACUUACAAGGGUAGACUCAGCCGUCCAAGGUCUACCUGAAUCCCCGACGGAGAAGCUGGAUAUCACGAAACCUCUCACAAGAGUGGACUCGGCUGUCCAAGGUCUGUCCGAGUCCCCCCCGAAGGCUAAGGCCUCUCACCGAAGAGCGAGUUCAAGUAUAACUGGCCUACUUGGUAUAAAAGAAGCGUGGGAAUCAAGGACGAAGCUUCAAGUGGCCCCGGAAACCCAGAAGACGGGAUGGAAGAUCAACACGUCUCCUUCGACGGUUGAGGACAAAGAAAUAUUACAGAAGUCAUUGGUAACACCAAUAGUGAAGUCAAUUGACCUGGUAACAAGGAGUGGCCUGGUGAUGACAGCGCGAAAUAAGUUCAAGAAGGAGAACGGCGUCACGAUCAAAGACGCGUUAGACGCCAUCCAUAAGAUAAACAAGAAGCGGGCCGACGACGAACUUGAUGAACCAUAUCUAGCAGGCUUCGAAUGGGUUCCUGAACAUACAGAAUACGAUGAGGAAAAGGAAAAGGAUGAAAUGGAAAAGGACUGGCAAAGGCUGGUAAUACAUCUAUCGGCAACACCAGGCGUCUCGAACUUCGGCGGCAAGAAGAAGAAGAAGGCUGCAGCCGAAUAG